UGUGUUCACCAUCGGCAAGGGGACGAAGCCAUGGUGUCUCUGCCCAAGGGCAAGGGUGUCAAGCUCUCCAUCAUUGAAGAGGCAAGGAAAUGCCUUGCAGCCGCAUCAGCCACCACCGCAUAGGAGAAGCUCUCUAGAGGCCACAGCUGGUGAAGGGGAAUAUGCAGUUUUUUCCUGUGGAUCAGCAGCGUAGUCAAGCUCUUGAAGCACAUGCUGCAUUAUUUGCUUCACUAAAAGUUGCUGGAAAUGAAAACCCUUCCAUUCUUAUUGCCUUUGCCUCAAAGACUACCAAUGCAGGACAGAUUACAUCAAAGUUACAUGUGAUUGAACUUGGUGCUCAGCCAGGUAAACCUGGUUUCACAAAGAAACAGGCAGAUCUUUUCUUCCCUCCAGAUUUUGCUGAUGACUUCCCAGUGGCAAUGCAGAAAUCCAAUAAGUACAUUUUGAUAUAUGUGAUCACAAAGCUUGGGCUUCUAUUUGUGUAUGACCUCGAGAUGGCUACUGCACUUUACAGAAAUCGAAUUAGUCUAGAUCCUAUAUUUUUGACAGCAGAAGCUUCAUCUGUAGGAGGCUUUAUGCUGUCAAUAGACGAGGGCAGGUUCUUCUUGCUACUGUCAAUGAAGUGACACUUGUACCUUUUGUCAGUGGCCAGGAUUUAAAGGGGAUAUAAUCAGCUAGGGAGUUCGUUUGGUGGUACAAUGGACACCCGGACUAUAGCAAUCUCACCCCUGAUUUGAACAACACUGAUACAGCUGUUGUUCUUGGUCAGUGCAGUGGUUGUCUUGGAGGGCUGGUCAGAUUCGCAUCAGCCUCCUCUGUUGAAACACUCGAAAUACCACAAGAGAAGCAUAGGUCAACUGUCGAGCAGUGUGAAAAGGCAAUGGUCAUCCAGUCCUCAAGAGAUGGAAAACAGUGUUGGAAAUUCACAUUCCCAUGAAUCACAUCAAUUGAUUGGUUCCGCUGUUGUCAAUGAAGAAACAAAGAUGAUAGAGAAAAAC